AAUAAUUAGUAUAUUUUUGUAUUUAAAUUUUAGUUUAAUUUGUUCAAGUAUUUUUUUUUAUUUUUUUUGUCUGAUUAGUAAAUUUUGAUGCAUUUAAGAUUAUAUUCACAUUGGAAUUUGCUGCAUAUCGGGUACAGUUACUUUACAUUUAUAUUAGAGCAAUAACAUGGAACGAUUUGAAGUAAUUCCUAUACACCGUAACAAACACUUCAUCAAACAAUGUUGUGCUGUAAUUAAUUCGGAAUGGCCACGCAGUGAAAUGGCUAGGUUACACAGUUUGGAGGGGUCUUGUGAUACCUUGCCAACAUCUUUGGUACUGGUUAAAGAAGAAGAUAACUUCAAAACAGUAAUAGGGCAUGCAAAAAUUACACCAAUACCAUCUAUUCCUGAUAGUGGUUUCAUUGAAACAGUGGUAAUAGAUAAUCAUCACAGAGGACAAGGACUAGGAAAAUAUCUCAUGCAUAAGACUGAAGAAUACAUAAAAACGUUGGGUUUGAAUGUUGCGUACUUGUCUACAAUAGACAAACAAGAGUUUUACUCAAAACUCGGUUAUACUCAAUGUCAGCCAAUUUCAAUUUAUGGUGGCCGUUUGAGUGGCUUUAAUAAUUUAAAAAUGGUUUCUACGAUCGUACCAUCAAGAAAAACAUUCAUGAAAAAACAACUUGCAUAAAAUCGUAUUUUUAAAAUUAUUUUUGUUUAUAUUUUAAAUUACAAACAAGGAAUAAAUAUCACUGAUAUAAACGUGUGUCUAUUGCACAUUUCAGUUAACACCUACUAACAGCAUUAACUUCAUAAUAGUAAUAAUAAUAGUAAUAAUAAUAAUAAUAAUAAUAAUAGUAAU